AUGCGUUUCGCCAGCUUCCUCGCCUCCUCCGGCCUUGUAGCCCUAGCCUGGGCCUCGGGUUCUGCCGAUAACGCCACCGCCCGCAUGUUCACUUCUUCGGGCACCGCCGACCAGGGCUUUACCAUCCCGGAAGAGCUCCCCGAAGGCGUAUACUCGGUAAAAGUUGACGAGUCCGGCAUGGCCCACCACACCCGUGUCGGCGACAUUUCCGGGCCCUUCGUCAAUGCCGAGCCCGAGCCAGACGUCGUCGCGCGUUCCAGCACCCCCAGGACCCCCAGCCGGCUCCAAAAGCGUUAUUGGGGCUACGAAUGCAAGGAUCACAUCAAGAUGCAAAGCGCCCCGACCGACCGUGCGGUCGCUGCGCUCCGUAAAACCUGCGGCAAAGGCCUGCUGGCAUUCGCCGGCACUCACCACUACGCCAUCGCCAACGGGGACGGCCAACGGAUCGCGGCCUUUUACUGCCGCCAUGCCGGUUCGGGGUAUUGCACCGACGAAGAGACCAGGUACAGGUACGAGUCUAUCACGGGCGUUUGCGGCUUGUACAGCGAGGGAUGGUCCGACUGGUGGGAUGGCCGGUUUUCACAAAUGGCCAUCGGUUACCACCCCGUGAACCCGCGCGGAGCUUUCUGUGGGAGAAAUCACGAUCAGUGA